UAGCGGGACUGGCUCGGCGCGUUCGCUCCCCUACUUCUCCGAAACACACGUUCCCUACUCCUAGCCCCGCUCUCACAACCGCUGCGGCUGCCAAAAGGCAAGCCCACCUUCAGCCGGCGCAUAACAAGACAACAGCCGCCGGCAGCCCGCCCCCGCCGUGCAGAAGUGAGACGCCGCUCGGGACGGAGGAGAAGGGCGAGCGGAAGCAGCGGCAGGCGUGAAGGCGCUCCCUCGAGGAAGGGCGUCCUUUCUUGCGUCUCCCGUCCCCCCCUGUGGAACAGAUAAGUCAAGCGCGGCAUGGCGCGGCACGGAAUCAGCGCCUUCUGUUCAGCGGCGCUCUGGCUUUGCGGCACCCUGUGCCUCGCCAGCCUGCCGCUUUUGCGCGGCGCACAGCGCCAGGAAGACACCCUCUACAUGUGGAUUGACGCUCACCAAGCCCGCGUGCUGAUCGGCUUUGAAGAGGAUAUUCUGAUUGUUUCAGAAGAGAAGAUGGCCCCAUUUACUCAUGAUUUCAGAAAAGCUCAACAAAGAAUGCCAGCUAUCCCUGUCAACAUUCAGUCUAUGAAUUUCACCUGGCAAGCAACAGGAAAGGCUGAAUAUUUUUAUGAAUUCCUCUCUUUGCGCUCUCUGGAUAAAGGAAUAAUGGCUGACCCAACGGUAAACAUCCCUCUGCUUGGAAUGAUACCUCACCAAACCUCAGUUGUUCAAGUUGGAUUUCCUUGUCUUGGAAAACAAGAUGGAGUGGCAGCAUUUGAAGUUACAGUAAUUGUAAUGAAUUCAGAAGGCACUAUCAUACUGCAAACUCCACAGAAUGCCAUCUUCUUCAAAACAUGUCAACAAGCUGAAUGUCCUGGAGGGUGCAGAAAUGGAGGAUUUUGUAAUGAAAGGCACAUCUGUGAAUGUCCAGAUGGAUUUUAUGGUCCUCACUGUGAAAAAGCUCUGUGUACACCACAUUGCAUGAAUGGUGGACUCUGCAUCAUGCCGGGAUUAUGUAUCUGCCCAUCUGGUUUCUAUGGCAUCAACUGUAACAAAGCAAACUGUACAAACAUCUGUUUCAAUGGAGGAAUAUGCUUUUAUCCAGAAAAAUGUAUUUGUCCCGCAGGACUGGAGGGGGAUCAGUGUGAAAUUAGCAAAUGCCAUCAGCCAUGUCGAAAUGGAGGUAAAUGUACUGGUAAAAAUAAAUGCAAGUGCUCCAAAGGUUACCAGGGAGACCUUUGUUCAAAACCUGUCUGUGAACCUAGCUGUGGAUUGUAUGGAAUCUGUAUUGAGCCAAAUGUAUGUCAAUGUCAAGAUGGAUGGCAUGGAAGGAACUGCAAUAAAAGAUAUGGAGCCAAUCUUCUUAAUGCCCUGAGGCCAACAGGCACCAAGCACAGGCAGCAGACACCAUCACCUAAACAGGCUGAAGAGAGCCAAGCAGUCCCUGAAUCCAAUUAUAUCUGGUGAACUGCAACAUCUGAAAUGUUUUACAUUACACAACGUUCCAGCCUUCAUUAACCUCUCAUGUGUUCAAUAUUAAAAAUGCUGUUCAUUACGUUUUAAGAUUACUGGCCUGAAUUUUAUUAGCUUCAUUAUAAAUCCCAGAGCUAAUACUUAUUAUUCUUUGAAACUUUUGUUUCUCUAACACAUUUAUGUAGGCUUGUUUUCAGUGCUUUGAUUGGUUUCUUUUUGUAUUAUAUUUCAGUUCUUUAUUGAAUUGGGGGGAGGGAAGUGUUACACCCACAUGCUCAGAAAUUCCUCAGAAUUAAUAAGGGUGAAUUUUAAAAUGGCAGUCUAGAACAUAUAGUUUUUCUUUAAUCAACCUAGCUUAAGCAAGUAGAAGGAAUAGAAAUGUAUGUUUGAUUUCUAUUUCGGAUUGAAGGGCUUCUUGUAGUUUAUUUAAUAUUUUUUAACUUAAAAUCAAUUUCUGUUUCUACAGUGUGCUCUAUAUGAAAUGCAUCAGGGCUGUGGUAUUGAAACAAUAUAAUAUAUUGGAAAUAAAAUGGAAUUAUGAACUCAUUCUUUGUAUUGUCUUAUAGCAAUAUAAUAUAAACAAAACAGGUCUUAUGUAAUAAACAUUUUUGUACUUAUGGUUAUAUAUUAAAUAAAGAUGCUGCUUUAUUUUG